AAUAAAGCGACUCCCACUGUUUCUAAUGUGAAAUAUUCAUAUAUAUCUAUCUAGCUAAUGAAUAUUGCGUCUAUCAGCUAGAUCGGCUAAAGCUAGGCGGUCGCAUUUCCCCGACGUCACACUUUUGACAUUGGCAUGGAGCGUGAUCACAGGCUGACACAGUGCUCGUAGUUAUGGCUCUCCCCCAGCUUUCAAGGUCCCUGACUGGCCUCCUCGUGGGUGCAUCGUCCAUCAUUCACCAGAGGACCUUUAGCGUGUCUGCUGUUGCAGCAGCCAUUCAGAAAAUGACGAGAGUCCGGGUGGUGGACAACAGCUCUCUUGGAAAUACGCCAUAUCACCGUCCGCCAAGAGUGAUCCAUGUCUACACCAAGAAUGGCAUAGGAAAAGUUGGUGACAGAGUGCUGCUUGCCAUCAAGGGACAGAAGAAGAAAGCACUGAUCGUUGGACAUAAAAUGCCUGGAGAUCGCAUGAGUCCACGCUUUGAUUCGAACAAUGUUGUUCUGAUUGAGGAAAACGGGAACCCUACAGGGACGAGGAUUAAAGUUCCUAUACCAACACAUCUGCGGAAACUGGAGGGAGACUACUCUAAAGUGUUGGCAAUUGCUGGUGCAUUUGUUUGAUAACUGUAUCAGUCAGCUGUUAUUUUUGAAAUCCAUAUAAUCUGUAUAUUUUCCCAUCUGCUGGGGGAUAAAAGAACAUUUAGUACUUG